GAGAGACUCCCCGGCUCCCUCCCUCCCUCCCUCGCACACAGCGACUGGAGACGGACCGGGAGCAACGCGCUGGGAAGAGCAGAGACCACCGACAACAGCCCCGCGCUCUCCCACACACGCUCACACUCGGCGCUUUCCUCUCCACCCCCACCUCCUCCUCCUUCCACCCCCUCCACUAACACCAUCUCCUCCUCCUCUCUGCAACAAGAAAAAAAAAGCCAUUUACAGGGGGUGAUGUGCAACUAAUUAAAGGCAGACUGGCAGCGUCUGCAAAUUCUAAGGCUCCCCAAAUAAAAAGAGACUGCUCGUUGGAAUGACUUUCUUUAUUUUAGUUGUAACAGUUGGAGGAUAAUGCAAAGGAAGACGCUGCCUGGGAAUUCACCGUCUGUGGACAUGCGCCCCAGAGAGGACUAGAGCAGCCCUCACCUUGCUCUCCCCACCCGGAUCCCACUUUCCUGCACGGCUCGGCCCGUACCCCGACCCCACCAUCACCCGCUUCCCUUCCCCCCACCUCUCCCCCUUUCCCACCCAGGUGUCGGACCAGGCGGUCCCCACUUCCACCCUGCACCCCUUCUUCCCCCCCUGCACCAUGAACACCAAUGUCUGCGUGGAGCCCGGGCCGAGCCCGGAGGCCCCGGGCUUGCCCAAGGAGAGCCACCUGCCCGAGGGGGCCCUGAACAGCCUUGUGGAUUACAACUCUGAGAUGGAGCGCUAUCGCUCUUUUGCCACCUCCUUCUACAAGACCAACGGGGGCGCCUUCCCGCAGGCAGCCAAGAUCGCGCGCAUCACCACCCCCAUCUUCCCCAGCAGCGCCGCCGCCGCCGCGGCUGCUGCGCGCAUCGGCAUGUCCCCGUGGAACUGCGACAACGCGGCCACCGCCGCCGCCACCGCGAUGCUCUGGGGCAGCGGGGGCGGCGGCGGAGGCGGUGGGGGCGGGGGUGGGGGCGGCGGAGCCGGCAGGAAAUCCUCCUCGGCCGCCGCCUCCUCCUCCGCCUCCUCCUCGGCGAUCCUCCCCGCCGCCGGCGGUGGCGGUGGCGGCGGCGGCGGUGGCAGCGGCGGUGGCGGCGGCGGCGGUGGCGGCGGCAGGACCAGCAUGCACCACCGGAACGACUCCCAGCGGCUGGGGAAGGCUGGCUGUCCGCCAGAGCCGUCGUUGCAAAUGGCAAAUACUAAUUUCCUCUCCACCUUAUCCCCCGAACACUGCAGACCUUUGGCGGGGGAAUGCAUGAACAAGCUCAAAUGCGGCGCUGCUGAAGCAGAGAUAAUGAAUCUCCCCGAGCGGGUGGGGACUUUUUCCGCUAUCCCGGCUUUAGGGGGCAUCUCAUUACCUCCAGGGGUCAUCGUCAUGACAGCCCUUCACUCCCCCGCAGCAGCCUCAGCAGCCGUCACAGACAGUGCGUUUCAAAUUGCCAAUCUGGCAGACUGCCCGCAGAAUCAUUCCUCCUCCUCCUCGUCCUCCUCGGGGGGAGCUGGCGGAGCCAACCCGGCCAAGAAGAAGAGGAAAAGGUGUGGGGUCUGCGUGCCCUGCAAGAGGCUCAUCAACUGUGGCGUCUGCAGCAGUUGCAGGAACCGCAAAACGGGACACCAGAUCUGCAAAUUUAGAAAAUGUGAAGAGCUAAAGAAAAAACCUGGCACUUCGCUAGAGAGAACACCUGUUCCCAGCGCUGAAGCAUUCCGAUGGUUCUUUUAAAGCUGUAGUGUACCUUAUUUUCAAGGCAUUUUGGAAAUGAAGGGCAAACUAAUGUCUUGUUUUAAGAAACCACUUAGUCCACCAUUGAAGAAAUUAUCCAGAAAUUAUUUUCAUUUUAUGUAUAGGGAUUUCUUCAAAAAAAAAAAAAAAAACCAAGAGGAAAAGAAAUCAACAACAACAACAACAACAACAAGAACAACAACAAGACACAUAAAAAUAAGAGGGAAGCUUGGGGAAUUGGCCGUUUUUUUUUACGUUCAAUACACUGAUUCUUCCUUUGAUGUAUCUAGCUAUACUAGUGAAGCUGUUGUCUAUUUUGAAAGUGGCUGUAAAAAAAAAAUAAGUUUGGGUAACCCCCGACUGUAAAAUGAUGUAUCUUUGCAAAGUACAUAUCUAUACUUCAUUUUCAUAUAUAUGUGUUCCAGUACUGUAAACUGUACAGACAGCGGCUUGUAUUUUGUGUGUUUAGACACAGGAGACAAUCAGGUCUGAGCAUCUAUGGAGAUUAACGGUUUGUACACAAAACUAUGGUUCUACAAGUUAAAAAUCCGGAGCAAUAAAUUUUAGCUUUAAAUAAAUA